AUGCCUAACAGCAACGUUCCAGAGAAGCUUCAGGCCAAGCGGACAGCGAGAAGAACGCAAGCAACGAAGAUUAUUAACGAAGCUACCACUGCGCUUCAGGACCAGAGUGCCACAGCAGAGAAUAUCACCGCCCUACUGGAGAAGCUCACGACAUGCAGCAAGCAGCUUUACGUUUUGGAUCGGGAAGUGGAGGACAGCAUCGCUCCUGAAGCGUUCAGAAGUGAAUACGACUCUUUUCUGCAGUAUGAAGAAAGGAUAACAGAGUGCAUCGCAAGGCUACGACUCACCUUCGAACGACUGCCACCGACUACAUCGACGCCUACACCAGCAGUCACAACUACAAGUUCUCCGACGCCACAGAUCCCUGACCGUAGUACCGGAGUCAGGCUGCAACGCCUUCAACUGAGGAAGUUCCGCGGAGAUUUUACAGAAUGGCAGCCGUUCUGGGAUCAGUUCAAGGCCAACGUGCACGACAACAGGAAUUUAACCAAGUCGGAUAAAUUCCAUUACCUUCGAUCGUUGUUGCUCGGAACAGCGGAGGCAGCCAUAUCAGGACUGCAGACGACCGAAGCGGCGUACGACGACGCUAUCGCUUUGCUCACUCAACGGUUCGGAGACCACGGAAGGCUUGAGGAACAGUACCUAGGGAAGCUUAGAACGCUUCCACAUGUUAAGUCUUCAACGGACACUUGCGGUUUGCGAAAACUCCACGACUACGUGCAGACGAACAUAUGCGGUUUACACUCUUUAGGCAUACCAACAGUGACUUACUCUUCGAUUAUGACGCAAAUCCUCCUGGCCGCAAUACCGUCCGACAUAGUGCUCGAGUACCAUCGUUUGAACCUCCGGAGCAUACAGAGAGACGCCGCAACACCAGCAGAACACGAAGUCGCCACGUUACAAGAUGAAGGCGCUGCCUCCACAGCUUCCGCAGAACUGAACAAGGUGUUGGCUUUCCUGAAGGCGGAAGUUGAAAGCAGAGAAAGGAGUGGACUUUGCGACCGCCAGGAUCAGAAACCGUCCGGCCAACGGAAGACGGGAGCAAAAGGUCAUGCCAGUGCACCCUCGGCUUUCGCGUUGCACAACCAAACUGUCCCGACGAACUGCCUCUUUUGCAAGGCGAAGUCUCACGCCACUGAGAACUGCAACGCGGACAUGUCGCAGGAAGACAAAAAGAAGACGUUGGCCAAGUACAGGCGCUGUUUUCGGUGCACGAAGGCGUUCCACAAUUCAAAGAAAUGUCGUUACAAGGGAAGGUGCUCGAAAUGCAGAGGAAGGCACGUUGCCACAAUGUGCGACCCCAACUGGACGGCCGCGCACGCUAAGGAAACUCAAGACAAAAGCGCCAUCGAAACGACAGAAACUUCAGUCCUGAUGUCUUCCGCGACCAGUAUGAGCACUGUGCUCCUGCAAACGUUUCGUGCCUGGACUGUGUCGGGUACCAGGUGCCAGUAUAUCAGAGGGAUAGUUGACAGUGGAAGUUCACGAACGUUCAUCCGGGGAGAUCUAGCAAGGGAGCUCGGUUUGAAGGAGGUAGCCCAAGUUUGGAUCGGAAUUAACACGUUCGCCUCAGACUCGGAGUGUCGGCCCGCAAAACGAAGCGUUGUGAAAGUGACUGUGCGAAGCCAGUACACCCACGAAGACGUCAAGCUAGCAGCCAUCGUCAUACCAGUGAUAUGCAGAGAUAUCCAGGAAUCGCCGUUGGACAACGAACACGUACUUGCACUUCAGGACUGUGGUGAACUAAUCGCCGAUGUUGUGGCUUUUCCUGGUAUGCGGCAACUAAAUGGCAGUCUGCUUAUUGGAUCCGAUCAAGUUUGGAAGCUGAUCUCCGGCGAAAUUCGCAGCUACGGGAAGCAGGAAGAGCUCGUUGCCAUCGAAACGAUAUUGGGAUGGACGUUCCAAGGCCCAAGCCAAGUGAAAGCUCUCGUCGCGCAACAAGCAGACAGCCUGAUAUGCGUGCUGAGAACAAACGUGAACUGCGUGCUCCUGCAAGAUGAAGAAAUAAGGCAGAUGUGGGAAAUCGAAAAUGCAGGCAUCAACGAAGGCGCCCCACCGACGGCAUUGAAGAGUAACGUGCUAGCAGAGUUCCAGCGCACUGUAAAGAUGGCAAACGACAGUUAUGAGGUGCGCCUCCCAUGGAAGAACGUCGACGUCCCACUGCACGAUAACCGUGCUGUCGCAGAAAGGAGACUGAAUCGAUUGGUGAAACGGCUCGCCGUGAACGACGCCUUGGUAAGAGAAUACGACAAGAACAUUCGCGCGUAUUUGUUGAACGACCACGCGGAACCAGUACCUAUCUCAGAGGCAAAGACACCUGAACGCAUCUACUACAUGCCUCAUCGUGAGGUCAUCCGUCCCGAGUCUACGACUACGAAAAUGCGGGUGGUGUUCGAUGCUUCAUCGCAUUCUGGCAACUGUACAUCGCUCAACGAUCACUCGGAAAAAGGGCCGAAGGUUCAACCUGACUUGUUGGAUACGCUACUCCGUUUCAGAACGCAUCCGAUUGGAAUCACUGUGCAGACAUCGAAAAAGCGUUUCUGCAAAUCAGUGCCACUUCGACAAACCAUUACAUACAGCGCCAAAAUGGUGGAAUGGCGCAUGCGGCGGGUGCCUUUUGGGACAUCGGCCAGUCCGUUCCUGCUAGCAGCGACUCAGGAGCGUCAUUUUCGUAAAGUCACCGGCGACUUAAAGGACACUGCAGACGUCUUGGCGUCUUCAUUCUACGUGGACGACUUGCUGACUGGAGCACAAGACUUGGUGUCAGCAGUGAAGCUUUACAACGACGCCAACGAGGUCAUGGAAACGGCCCACAUGCGUCUGCGGAAAUGGACGUCCAACUGUUCAGCGCUUGAAGGCGUUUUCAGACAUGAAGAGGAGAGCAGUACGAACAACAAUCCAGUUACAAAAGUGCUUGGAGUUGUUUGGGACAAAAAGAACGACACACUUGCGUGCAGCUUGGACUCAAUUGUUAAAUCGGUGCAUGUUGCAGGCACCAAGCGAAACGUACUCCAAGCAUCGGCUAGGAUUUACGACCCUCUUGGCUUUCUACACCCUUUCACGGUUCGAGCAAGAAUGAUUUUUCAGGCCUUGUGGGUUGAGGAGGUUGGCUCGGAUGCGGAGAUGCCGAGAGACAAGCAAGACCAGUGGAGUCAAUGGUGCAGGGAGCUACCGGAACUGGCUGAGGUCAUCGUGGAUCGCUGUAUGUUCCCGAGUGGUUGCAGAAACCCAUAA